UUGAAUCUCUUUACAUCACCUCAACCCCAAAUAGAGAAAAGAGAUCUAGAUAUAGAAUGGGGAGAGCACCUUGUUGUGAAAAGAUGGGAUUGAAGAGAGGCCCAUGGAGUCAUGAAGAAGAUCAACUCUUGAUUGCAUAUAUCAAACAACAUGGCCAUCCUAACUGGCGCGCUCUUCCAAAACAUGCCGGUUUGUUACGGUGCGGAAAGAGUUGCAGGCUUCGUUGGAUCAAUUAUUUACGGCCCGAUAUUAAAAGAGGAAACUUCACGAAAGAAGAAGAGGACACCAUCAUUCAUCUACAUGAAAUGCUCGGGAACAGAUGGUCGUUAAUCGCAGCAAAAUUACCUGGUCGAACCGACAACGAGAUUAAAAAUAUCUGGCACACUCACUUGAAGAAAAGACUUGAAAAUAAAGAAACGAUCACCCAUAUAUCCAAAAAACGUCAAACGAAGUCCAAACCUGCUUUAAGUGCUCAAUCACCUGAAGAAACGACUGGUUCUCAAUGUCUUGUUCAACCAGAUCAUAACUCACUAGACAAGGUACGAUCUGUGUCGUAUCAACCAUCAACAAGCGAGUCUUCAUCAAUUACAGAAGCAACAAAUGAGUUACCUAGUGUAACCAAGCAUGAGGAAACCAACCAUGAGAUGUUUCUUGAUGAUAGCUUUUGGUCAGAAACAUUAUCUGGUGUUGGUGACAACAAUAUGGAAUCUGAUCCGGCGAAAAGCAUACCAGGUGUCGAGUUUCCAACAUCUUUGCUCACAAUGAUCGAAAACACAGACACAAGAAAUCCAAAUACUGGUUGCAACAUGGAUGGCAUAGACCUAUGGUCUGAUAUUUUCAUGCACAUCGAGGAGUUACCCGAAUUACCAGAAUUUUAAUUUAGAUAUUCGUUUGUAACCUUGUUUAGACCAGGAACUAAAUAGAGCAAAUUACGUUUUUAGUCCAUGUGGUUUGUUGAAUUUUUUCUUCGUCCU